AUGGCUGACGGUGAAGGUGCUGGAGGCGACAAGGAAUACAUUAAAUUGAAAGUCGUCGGACAAGACGCAAAUGAGGUGCAUUUCCGUGUUAAAUAUGGAACAUCUAUGGGAAAGCUCAAAAAGUCGUACGCGGAUCGAACAGGAGUGAAUGUCAAUUCGUUACGUUUCCUAUUUGACGGCCGACGUAUCAACGACGAUGACACCCCAAAAUCACUUGAGAUGGAAGAAGACGACGUUAUUGAGGUUUAUGCCGAACAAUUGGGAGGACAUCGGAAAUGU